AUGCACAGCUACCUUCUAUUAGCAAUUUUACCGAUUGUGAUCGCUUCGCCAGUUGUUGUCAAUAUCGAUGAUCAAUCGGCGGUGAAUUUGGGAAGCUAUGAUCGCGCGAGAUUCGACCUCGGCGAGACGUUCCAUCCGCUUCAACCAGCUUCGGCAGUUACUGACGAUCAAAUCGCAUCGGCUCUUCGAGCAAAAGCCGCCGGUGUGAAGAACAAUGAAGCGAUCAUCUCAAUCGACGUGCCCACACAGACGUUUGGCGCUCCAGGACUUCCAGAACGCCUCGCAUUUGGCGAAUGGACUGAAUGGACCGCCUGGACGACAUGCCAGAACGGAGAACGAUCGCGAGUGCGAACAUGCGUCUCACGUCGUCCAGCUCUUCGUGUUGUGUGCCACGGCGAGUCGAUUGAGAUCGAGAAAUGCUACGUCGAUGCCGGCGAAGGGCAUAUUCCGGUUGCGGCCGAUCCGUGGAGCAUCGAACGAGAGAUUAGUGGCGAUUUCAAGGCAUAA